AUGGAAUUUUUACUACUGAAAUCUGGUGGUGUUGUCCUUGAAAAUUCUGGUGGUGUUGUUUUAACCGCAUUUUGGCAAGUGGAGACUGUGAGGAUGUUGGAAUCAUGUUGGAUAGUAGAUGAGUCGGUAAUAAUGGCAUCGAGUAGCAAGUUUUGGAAGGAUGCGUGUAUGUGGAAUGAGCCUCUUGCGGAUUACUGGAUGGAGGGCAACGGUGGUGGGUCGAAUCCACAGGACACAAUGUUUGAUACGAGAGUGGAGGAAGAUGCUGAGUUAUCCGAUUGGGAAGGAAGGGGGGCUUUAAUGUUGCCCGGAUUUUUGGGUUUGGAUGGGUUGCGAGCAGAAAAUGUUCUUGAAAUGGAGUUCUCUUCACCUCAGGAGGCAGGCGGCUUCUAUAACAAUUACAGCAGACUAAAGGGCUUUGCAUCACGGCGAGGCAAGACUGUUAGAAACACUGCCGGAGAGAUCGUGCGGUACACUUUUGUUUGUAAUAGGCAAGGAUUUCGAGAGAAGAAAUGGUUGGAAAAGGUUGAUCGCAAAAGGGAGCAUAAGGUAGUAACCCGAUGCGGAUGCAUGGCGGAGAUGAGGAUAAAGAGGAAAGACGGUAGUGGGAGGUGGUAUGUAUCGCGUUUUGUCGAGGAGCAUAACCACGAACUUGCGUAUGGGAAGCUUGUUGAUUAUUUGCGGUCACACAGGAAGAUAUCUGAGGUAGAAGUUGCUCAACUAACAAGCAAGAGGGAGAUUGGGAUUAGCAUACCUAAGAUUUAUGAGUCUUUCGCAGCACAACUAGGGGGUUUUAAUCUGGUAACAUUCACAAAGCAAGAUAUGUAUAAUGAGAUACGGAAACAGAGAGGUCUGCAAGGCGGAGAUAUAAGUGCGGCUAUUAGGUACUUGGAAGGUCUGGCAGGCAUGGAUGGGAAAAUGUUUUGGCAUUACAAGUUGGGGGCAGGGCAACACCUAUGCAACUUGUUUUGGAGCGACGGUCGUUGCCAGGAAGAUUAUGGGAUUUUCGGCGAUGUGCUAGCAUUCGACGCUACGUAUGGCCGCAACAAGUACAACCUACCCGUUGUAGUCUUUUCCGGAGUAAACCACCACAACCAGACAUGCGUAUUUGGAACAGCAAUGGUCUCAUGCGAAUCGCAGGAGUCAUAUAUUUGGGUUCUUCGCCAGUUUAUGGAAUGCAUGCAAGGUAAGGCACCGCAAUCAGUCAUCACAGAUGGCGACCCGGCCAUGCGGAUAGCAAUCCAGUCUGUAUUUCCUGAUGCACAUCAUCGGUUGUGUGCCUGGCAUCUGCUGAGGAAUGCGACUGCUAACAUAAGCGACCCGAGAUUCACACAAAUGUUUAGACACUGCAUGUUGGCAGAUAUGGAAAUCGAUGAGUUCGAAGCGCAUUGGGAGGCAAUGGUCAACGAGUGCGGUGUUAGGGAGGUUGAGUGGGUUAAUGACUUGUACACCAAAAAGCACGCUUGGGCCACCGCAUACAUCCGCGGUAGAUUUUUUGCUGGAGUACGGACGACCUCUAGGUGCGAGUCACUACAUGCCAAACUAGGGAGGUUUGUCGAGAGCAGGUACGGGGUGUUAGAAUUUGUAAGAAAUUUUCAAAGGUGUGUGGAUUUUCUGCGUGACACCGAGGACGAGCUAGAAUUUUGUUCAUGGUACGGAACACCUGUGCUACAAACAGAGUUUGUUGAGCUGGAAAAGUCCAGGUGGAUGAUGUUCACCCGCGAAAUGUUUCUCAGAUUCCGGGAUAGCCUGAAACGGUGUGUUCGCGUUAGAAUAUGUGAAAUUAAUGACACUGCGAACCCUCAUGCAUACACUCUCCAGAAGUAUCGAAGGCCUGAGAUGAAUUGA